GUGGCACCACUGGCAAAGCAGAGUGGAGCUGUGGAGGAUCAGCAGCAGCAGCUUUCCCUUAGCUCGCGAGCUCAUCAGUCAUCACAGGGCGGAUCGAGAGAUCAUCGAUGGGCGAGGCGGAGCUGAGCCUGGCGGCGGUGCGCGACGCGCUGGUGCGGGAGGAGGACUCCAUCGUCUUCGCCCUCAUCGAGCGCGCCAGGCGCCCGCGCAACGCGCCGGCAUACGCGGCCGCCGCCGCCGCCGGCGGCCGAUCCCUCGCCGAGUUCUUCGUCCGGGAAGCCGAGGUUCUGCACGCCAAGGCCGGACAAUACCAAAAGCCAGAAGAUGUUCCAUUCUUUCCCCAAGAUCUCCCUUCACCUCUAUUUCCUACCAAAGAUUACCCAAAGGUUUUGCACUCUUUUGCAUCAUCAGUCAGUGUGAAUGAUGCAAUAUGGAAGAUGUAUUUCAACGAGUUGCUUCCACUAUUCACUGUGGAUGGAGAUGAUGGUAACUAUGCAGAAACAGUUGCAUUAGAUUUUGCAUGUCUGAAGGCCCUGUCAAGAAGAAUUCAUAUUGGUAAAUAUGUUGCUGAGGUGAAGUUCAAAGAUGCUUCCCAAGAUUAUAGUCCACUAAUCCGUGCAAAGGAUACCAAGGCUCUGAUGAAUCUGCUAACAUUCAAGGCGGUUGAAGAGAAGGUGAAAAGGAGAGUAGAGAAGAAGGCCAGGAUAUUUGGUCAGAAUGUCACUUUGGAGGACAAUGCUGACAAGCAAGAAGGCAAUGCAGGUGACAGUGAGUGCAAAGUUAAUCCUGAAGUGCUAUCUAAGCUAUAUGAUCUGUGGGUAAUGCCUUUGACGAAGGAUGUUGAAGUUGAGUAUCUUCUCCGCCGUCUUGACUGAUUCGCCAAAAUAUUUUCAGCUGCAAAUAUGAUGAACACAAUUAUGUAAGCACAUAUAAAUAGACUUAUUGAAUGUGGCAUGAGGAAAUCCAUCAAGAACAGCUAACAGCGGUGACUUGCUGUAGAAUUUCCGGUACUGUAUCUUGGAUCUUUCUUCAUCUCCGUUUUCGGAGCUGAGACAUAUAGGGCCUGUUUGGUACAGCUCUAACUCCUAAAUUUAGCUCCAAGAGUUGGGUCUGGAGUGGAGUUGUGGAGCUGCCUAAACCCAGCUCCACAACUCUAGUUCAUUUUGUGAGAGAGCUCCACCCAGCUCCACUCCCAGUUUUGGUGGAGCUGAAACUGUUUGGCUGAGCUCCAGCUCCAGGAGGGGUAGAGCUGGAGCUGGAGCUGUGCCAAACAGGCCCAUAGAUUGAUGGCAAUGAUCUGCAACCCAAAAGGUUCAUCCUACCUAACUGUGGUGGCUGAUACUGAGGGCCUGGUGAAUUCCCAGCAAAGAUGCUGCAACUCCAGUUUCUGUAACAAUCUGUAACUCCUGUUAUUAUAUCACCAUAGUUUUGUGCUACUUCUUGGUAGUAGCAUUUCUGUUCAAGCUUCCCUUAACAUCAACUAAGUUUUUCUUGAAUAAAUAUUUCAACUUGUUCA